UCUCUCGAGCUUCUACAGAAAAGAAGAUAAAUUGGAGACAAUGGAGCUGCCAAAUGACUCUGGGGACUUAGGAUCAGAGAUGGAGGUCGAUGCAUUCAGGAGACUCUUCCCUCUUCGCUUCUAUGAGCGCCAUCUUGCUGAAUCCAUACGCCCUGAUGCCAGACCUCUUUCUAGAGCUAGAGAUACCACGGUAGCCCUAGGGGCUGUUGCAUCUGCCAAUGGGUCUGCAUUAGCCAAGAUUGGUUCAACAACUAUGUUAGCUGCUAUCAAAAUGGAAGUCAUGACCCCUUCUGUUGAAUUGCCCGAUGAGGGCUGCAUAGCUAUUGAGUUCCACAUGCCUCCAAUCUGUUCUCCGCUUGUUAGGCCUGGUAGGCCAGCUGAAGUGGCACCAGUUGUGUCAAAGCAGUUGUCCGACACUAUAUUGAGUUCUGGCAUGAUCAAUUUAAAGGAAUUAUCCCUAGUUAGUGGAAAAGCUGCCUGGAUGGCAUAUCUGGACAUUUACUGUUUGGAUGCAGAUGGUGCUCUUUUUGAUGCUGCAUUGCUGUCCGCAGUUGCCGCGUUCUCUCAUUUGCAAAUUCCAGUAGUUUCACUAAAUGAUGAUGGAAAAAUAGUUAUGCUUUCCGAGGAACAAGAUGAUGGAAAUUUGGAUAAGGGGGCAGUCAACAAGGAGAAGAGAAAGAUCGCAUUAAGUAGCAUUCCAUUCUCACUGACAUGUGUACUUCACAAGAAUUACAUUUUGGCAGACCCCACUGCCGAGGAAGAGUCCAUCAUGGAAACUGUUGUAACGGUAGUUUUGGACUCAUCAAAUCAGCUUGUGUCUCUAUACAAGCCUGGUGGUCCAGUUCUGGCCCGUACAUCAGUUCUCCAGGAUUGUGUUGCAUUAACAAGGCAGAGAAUAAAGGAACUUCAGAAUAUUUUAGAUGAGGCCAUUUCUGGCAUGGAGGUUGACUAAGUUUUUAUACAGAGGAGUUCAACAAUCAACUAGCAGUUUUGUUUGGUGCUUAUUAAAUUUGUCUUUGUACAUUCCACCUCAUCCCUUUGAUGAUAUUAAUUCUGGGAAAAAGAUACUUUUGGAUGGUUUUGCCAUUAAUCAAUUUUGCUUCCGUCACGAGCCAAAUUUCAUUGACAAAGACAUGAAUUCUAAUUUCUAUGCCUUUCUAGCCUCA